AUGCAAAUUCGAACAAGCUUUACGAGAAUAAUCUUAUUUAUAAAACUUAAAUAUAGUAGCCACAUGCUUUUAACAUCAAUUUAUUUUGUUGAAAUAAUAGAUAAAAUAAAAAAUGCUGGUUUUAAGAUUAAAAAAAAGAAGAAAUAUGCUCCUAAACAGUUAUUAUGCUAUAUAAAUGCUUUUUCUGCACUUCGUUAUUCCUAUUUAUGCACAAAAAUUUUUGCGUCAAAUAUUAUAAUGUGCCAUACAAUAUAA